AUGACCUUGUUCAAUGAGAUUCCGAGAAAACAUAUUUUGACUCAGAACCUAGCAGCUGAGCAGAGUGAGACUGAAACUGUUGGAAAAGAGCUCCGACGAUACAUUGAGACUGCUGGAUUUUAUGCAUGGCUUUUCCGGAGGAAAUUUUCACACUCUAUUUACGUUGAAGAGCCUGACGCAGUUGCGUUCAUGGAUGCGUGCAACGAGUGGAGGAACUUGAGUCAUUAUACGAUUGCUUACUGGGUCAAUGAUGGCAAGGAGUUGCAAUACACUCCGACCUCUACACCUCCCUAUCACCAACCGACUCAGAUAACCGUCGAUUACACCAAUAAUUCAGAGACAAAUGCUUUCCCAGAAUUAAGUCUACAAAAAAUCUUCAGUGAUUGCACCCCGGAGAUCCUUGAAGCCUCAGUUGACCUCGGCGUCAACCUGCUUGAGCAGUUAAAGAAGCCACUGCGUCAUCUAUCACCUGAUAUAGACGCUGUCGAUUGGCUAAACAGCAUAGAAAAUUUACAAAAGCAAACUUUACCACCGAAAACAAUUGUCGGUGUUGUCGGUAAUAUUGGUGGUGGCAAAUCAUCCGUCAUCCAUGCGAUGCUCGACGAAGAGCGAUUGGUGCCAACUAACUCUAUGCGGGCGUGUACGGCAGUGGUCACCGAAAUAUCUUACAAUCAUGACAAAGUCUCAUACCGAGCAGAGGUUGAGUUCAUUAAUUUACUGGAUGCUCAUGGAAAUGUCACGACCGAAGCAUGGCGACAAGAAACGGAAGCUAGCAUUGCAUAUGCUAAGAUAAAAGCUGUAUAUCCUGAAUAUACGAAGGAUAUGUUGCAGAAGAGCUCUGUCACCCGGUUAUUAGAACACUCCAAAGUUCAAGAGCUGCUCGGUGGGAAGAAGGAGAUAUUUGAAUUUGACCCUGCACAACUUUACCAAAAGCUCCAGUCUUAUGUUGACAGCAAAGAAAAGACAGCCGGAAAGAAAGAGUUAGAAGUCUGGCCUCUUAUCAAGGUUGUUCGUAUCUAUGUGAAGGCUGCCUGUCUGUCGACCGGGGCGGUUAUUGUCGACUUGCCUGGCGUGCAUGACUCUAAUGCGGCUCGUGCCGCCGUUGCUGAAGGCUAUAUGAAGCAAUGCACGGGCUUGUGGAUAGUUGCUCCAAUCACACGAGCCGUAGAUGAUAAAGCAGCAAAAUCUCUACUGGGUGACACGUUUAAGCGGCAGCUGAAAAUGGACGGGAAACUCGACUCUGUCAGUUCCAUAUGCAGUAAGACUGACGACAUUAGCAUUUUGGAAUGCCAGGAGUCUUUGGAUCUCGAGGCGCAGAUGAGUGCCCUUUGGAUGAGAUCUAAAGAGUAUAGCACGAUGAAGCAGCGAUGCGAAGAACAACUAGACAUGCUCAAGGAGACAAAAGCAGAAUAUAUCGCGACUUUGGACCAUAUCGACGAACAGAUUGAGGCUUGGGAGGGAUUCAAGGAAACUAUCGAGAAUGGCAACAAAGUCUUCGCCCCAGGGAACAAAUUGCCUUGCAGAAAAAGGAGACGAAAUAGAAACAGCAAUGCAUCAGGCUCACCCCAGAAGAAGCACAGACCCUCAAUCUCUGAUUCCGAAGGUGACCAUGCAGAUACCGGCAGUGAAAGUGAACUUGACGACGAAGAAGGUGAUGAUUCGGGACAGCCUCUAACGUUAGAAGUAGUCGAGGAAAAGCUUACAGAGUUAAAGGCGAAUAAGAGGGAGAGUCGUCUUCAUCGCCAAAAAAUUGAUGCCGAAAUGAAACUUUCCCGGAAGGAGAUUUCAAAGAUCAAAGAAAAGGAAACAAACACUAAGGCUGAAAUGAGUGCUAUGGCUAUUUCAGCUAGGAAUGAAUAUUCCAGAGAGCCAAUCCAGCAAGACUUUGCAGCUGGUAUCGAGGAAUUGGACCACGAACUUGCUGAAGAAGUCGAUGCUUCAAACUUCAACCCCGAGAUUGAUGUUCGUGAUUAUGAUGAAGUCGCUAAAGCACUGCCAGUGUUUUGUGUCUCUUCUAGAGCUUAUCAGAAGCUUCAAGGGCGCUUCCAAAAGGAGGCACAUGUGCCGGGAUUUCAGACCAUCGAAGAAACAGAAAUUCCUCAGUUACAAGCUCACUGCAAAAGAUUGACUGAAGCAAGUAGGAAAAGGAAUUGCCAACGUUUCUUGAACGGUGUGGAUCAAUUUUUUAACUCCCUCCGACUGAUAUUGUCUCCUGAGGGCAUUCAGGUUACUGCUGAGCAGAAAAUUGCUAGGGCCGCAAUUGUUGAGGAUGAAUAUAAAGCGUUUGACAAAGAAUUGGAAAAAUACCUCAAAAGCACUUGCCAGCAUAUAGUUAAAGAAAUCGAAGGCGACAUUAGUCAGGUCUGCGAUAAGGCAAUCAAUAUUACAAGGAAGCAAGCAAACAAGACCGUGCGUAGCUGGGGUGCGCCGACCAACGAUUUAGAUCGCCCUGCCGGAGGACUCAAGUGGGCAACGUACAAAGCGUUGUGCCGCCGAAACGGGGUCUAUUCAAAUGGUCAAGACGGCCAUAACUGGAAUGCCGAACUAAUUGAGCCUGUUAUUAAAGCUGUUGCGCCUAAUUGGGAGAAGGUGUUUUCUCGAGGUCUCCAUGAUGUCCUAAAACGUGCCGCAAAGGAGAGCGCAAGCUUGUUGGAAUCGUUCCAUAACAACGUCAGUGUCAAAAUCAGCCAGGAGACUGGCCCGUUGGAAAGUUCUCAUAUGCUUUCUCAACAAAUCCCUCUUUACCAACAGAUUUUGAACGACAUUUUCAGCCGGCAGAUCUUGGAGGUUAGAGAGAAAUCAAAAGACACAAGUCGAAUGUUUGAACCAGUCAUUGCAGAGACAUUAAGUCCUGUGUAUGAAGUCUGUGUUGAAGAGAGUGGUAGGGCCCCGGCGAUAUUGAAUGUAUUCGAUUGCUUUUUAACAGCUCUGAUAAGCAUUGGAAGCUUCAUGCGAAUGAAAGAGGCCAUGUCUACCUUCGUGCACCAAGCCCGGGACACAAUGUUUCAUCAAAGCGUCGACGCAGUUAGAAAGGCCCUCAAUGAAAUGUGCCAGUCAUUGGAGGAAGCACUUCUUUCUCAAAUAGAAAAAGUCAUUAUUUCACUGAAACGGGAUUAUAUGUCUGCGGUUCAUCGUGGUGUAUUAUCCAAGGAGAAACGGGAUAUACUUAAGGAUGUCCUGGAAACAAUUACAGAGAGCGAAUCGUCUUUUAGAAAGCUGGCUAUUCCCUUCAAGGAGAUGUGA